ACCAGAUGGACAGGCUGUGUGUUUCUCUGAUUGCAUUCUUAUGUGCUGUUUCCUCCAGUCAGGAUGGGAUAUCUGCAGCAGAGGUGGAGCUGAGAGUCAGACCAGGAGACAACAUCACUCUCUACUGUGACUGUAACAUAACUUCUGGAGUAUACAUUAUGUGGUAUAGGAACUGUUCUCACAACUACCAGCCUCCUCUAGUUAUUUCAACUAAGUUGUUAAGUUCCAUCUCUCUCCCUGGAUAUAAUGUGGUGUGGAACCCCUCUAACAACUCCUAUGAUCUACUGAUUGAGAACAUCACUGAAUCUGACCUGGGACUCUACUACUGUGGGACUAUGGGGAACAAGGUAGUGGAUGAUGGAGGUAAAGGAGGAAUUAAACAGAAAGAGUUGUACCACUAUGGAAACAUCAGCACUAGGAUUUCACUUGACACCAGUCCUCCUGAGCCCUCCUCCUCCUCCCCUCCUCCUGUAGACUGUGGUCUGUGUUGGAUGUUGCUGUUCAGUCUGUGUCCUGUGUCUGCUCUCCUCUCCUCUCUCCUCUCCUCCGCCUGUUUCUACUCCUUCUGCAGAACAACAGCUCCAACUGAGACUCAGGUUCCUCUGAACAGGACCACCACCAGGGGAAGUGACAGCAGAGAGCAGACUACAGUCAAAGAGGAAGGAGACUUGUGUUACGCCUCGUUGGAUAUCCGUCAGGGACAGAGGAGACCAAAGAAGAAGAAGAGAACCACGAACUCUGACUUCAGUACCUACUCAGCCAUCAAUACCAGCAGAGUGUGAGACCUAUACCAUCCAUCAAUACCAGCAGAGUGAGACCUAUACCAUCCAUCAAUACCAGCAGAGUGAGACCUAUACCAACCAUCAAUACCAGCAGAGUGUGA